AUGGCUCAAACAACACCCAUUCCGUUCUCAGAACCACCCUACCUCUCCGGCCUGCCGUCACCAUACUACACGGCCUCUCACCUCGAAUGGCAGAAGAAAUGCCGCGCCUUCAUAACAAAACACCUAACCUCUCACGCCAUGGAAUGGGAAACCGCCGAAACCGUCCCCGAACACGUCUGGCAUGACUUCUGUGCAGCCAACAUGCUACUGCCCAGCCUUCCCGCGCCUCUUCCCGUAGAAAGAUUAAAGAGCUUGGGUAUUCACGAUAUCUUGGGUUUGCCAGUAGAAGAGUUUGAUUACUUCCACAAUGCGAUUUACACGGACGAGAUGUUGAGGUCGGGGUUGGCUGGUCCUAGUGGUAGUUUGACGACGGGUAUGGCGUUUGGUGUGCCGCCGUUGUAUAAGUUUGGAAGCAAGCAGUUGCAGGAUAGAUUCUUGCCUGAUCUGUUAUCGGGAAAGAAAAGAGCUUGUAUAGCCAUCACGGAGCCUGGUGCGGGAAGUGAUGUUGCCAACAUCGAGACCACGGCUGUUAAGAGCAAGGAUGGUAAGACGUAUACGAUUAAUGGAACCAAGAAGUGGAUCACGAAUGGUAUCUGGAGCGAGUUGUCUUGCAUGGCUGUCAGGACUGGUGGAUCUGGGCCAGGCGGUCUGUCUUUGAUGGUCGUGCCCUUGAAGGGGCACAAGGGCGUUGAGAUGAGACGACUCAAGGUUAGUGGUCAGAUCAGUGCUGGCACCACAUACAUCGAGUUGGAUGAUGUAGUCGUGCCAGCAGAGAAUCUGAUUGGAGAGGAAGGUAUGGGCAUGAAGUACAUCAUGACCAACUUCAACCACGAACGCUUGACCAUCGCUAUUGGGUGUGCAAGACAAGCAAGAGUUGCUCUAAGCGCAGCAUUCGAAUACUGUCUCAAGAGAGAAGCCUUUGGCAAAUCUCUCAUGGACCAACCCGUCGUUCGUCACCGGCUCGCAAAAUGCGGCGCAGCUCUCGAAGCACAAUGGGCAUGGACAGAAAGUUUCGUCUACUCCAUGAUCAAACUACCCAAGAAAGAAGCCGAUGUCGAACUCGGUGGUCUCACAGCUGCUGCCAAAGCUCAAGCUGGUGUUGUAUUGAUGGAGUGUGCUCAAUGUGCUGUGUUGCUCUUUGGCGGCAAUGGCUUCACCAGAUCUGGCCAGGGCGAGAUUGCUGAGAAAAUGUGGAGAGAAGUUCCUGGCAACCGGAUUCCUGGUGGAAGCGAAGAUGUCUUGUUCGACUUGUCUAUCAGACAGUUGGUCAAAAACUACCAGAACAAGACGAAAAUGCUCGAGAGACCUCGUGGAUCCUCGAAGUUGUAG